CGAGUUAUGCAAUUGAUUAUCAAAAGUUUAUCGUAAGUGCAUAUCGCCGAGGAGCGGUUAACGAAAGUAGUAUGGCUACUGAUCGCCAGUCCUCCGGCCGUGUUAGACUCGGUUUUUUUUGACACGCUAUACCAAUUCAGGUACGCACCCGAAAAAUAAUGUCGAAUCGCGAAAGCUUCCUGAGAACAAAAUUAUUCCCAAAGAUCGUGGCCGACGGAGUUUUCGGUGUCGAUGCUGAGUACAGCGGAUUCGAAUUAGAUACGGAUUCCGUGGUGGGUGAUGGAUUUUCAUCGGACAUAUUGUUUGGCAAAGUGUUGAUGACUAACGGCCAAAGUCAUCCCGUAGUCAUGAAAUUCAAGCAUAAGAAUGCUAAAGUAGCUAGCGAAACGAACAUGCAUGAGAAAUUUUACAACGAGUAUGUAUUCUACGAUCAAUUGUUACCUGAACUAUCUCGGAACACUAGUUCUACAUCUAUAACCGACAUGUUCCCGAAAUUCUGGUAUUCAAACGCCUCACUAGAUGACAGACAGAAAUCGGAAGAUGAAGAGCAGGUCAUUGUGUUGGAAAACAUGUAUCCCAAAGGGUACCAGGUUCCAAAAGAACGAAUUUUUUUGGACAAAGAUCAUGUGCGGUUGGCUAUGCGCAAACUUGGAGCUUUCCAUGGUUAUUCAUACGCUUCUAAAUCGAAUUCUACUCGUCGUCAGCUAUUCUUACAACUUUUGGGUCAAUUGGUAGAAACUGAAUGGUUCUUUGGUUAUUGGUACCGAUGUCCGACAUUCCUAUCAAGUACCGCUUACAGGGGAAUAGAAACUUAUGUCACAGAAGAGAGCAGACGUGGAGAUUAUGGAGCGUCGACCGACCAAUUGGAAAAUAUAUGUGCACUUCUUGACGGCAACAGCGAAACAAUGAAAACUAUGGUGACACCUAAGGAACCCUUCGCAGUGUUAUGUCACGGAGACUUUUGCCGUAACAAUUUGCUGUAUAAAUAUGAUGCGACUGGUCGUCCUAUUGAUGUUCUGAUGUUUGACGUUGCCCAGGCUAGAUACUCGUCACCGGCAAUUGACAUAUCGUUUUUCUUGUACUUGAACACAACCGAAGAAGAUCGGCAAAAAUAUUGGGACUCGUACAUGGCCGCUUAUUUGGACGGUAUGGCUGAGGCGUUCCCCGAACUGAACUUACCGGACAUAGAACAAGAGAUGCAACCUUAUGCUUUUUACGGGUACGCACACUGUGCUUUCUUCUUGCCCGGCUUAGUCAAUCCGACUCCACCUGACGUUGCAAAGUUAUCUCAGGCCACCAUAGAGGAGUGCAUUGAAAUGAUUGUCGAGUCAGGAGGUGCCAAAGCCGACUACUUAUUGGCCGCCAUCAUAAGACACAUGAUCCAACGAAAAUAUGUUUGAACAUUUUCAAAAUAUCUAAUAUGUGUACAGAUAAUAUUAAUAAUUUUUUUUGUAAACAAAUAUUUACUGUGUAUAAUAUUUAGUGUGACUUUGAAAAUCCAGUUAGAAAUUCAACAACUAUACUAUUGAAGCUUAUCGACUAGAUUCAAUUAAUAGCUAAGUGAUUAAAAAGUUUGGCGUUAUUUUAUUAUUAAGUAUUUAUAAAUAAUAUUAUGAUGCGCAUUGAUCGAUUUUUUUAACAUAUCUACUCUGCGAGAAAAAAAAUAACUAAAUUUUUUUUAAUUGUGAAAUGUGUUAUUAAAUUUUGUUAAUUCUUGAAUGAUUAAAUAAAACUAACAUGUAUAUAUUUA